AUGGAAGCGACCACUGAAGCCUACGACCGGCGGGCUCUCAUCAAACAACUCCAAUUCGCGUUCAUCGUCGAUGAAGUCGGUGUGCAUAUGUCGGAGGUGAUCUGCGGCAUCGGCAUGUUUCUCAACGGCCUUCUUUGUUAUCUCAUUCUCACCAAAACGCCAGUCCAUAUGCGGGCGUAUGCUGUAUUAUUGUUCAAUUUCGCGUUUUUCGACUUUUUCACGUGUCUCGCUUCAUUGUUCGCUUGCCAGAAACCGUACUUCACCGGCGUUUCACUUGUCUACAUCUUUUUGGGACCGUGCAAAUAUGUGGCGCCGUGGCUUUGCUACUUCUGCCAUUGCGUCGUGUGCCACGCGAUGGCGCACUCGCAAAAUAUUCUGCUCAUCUCAUUCAUUUAUCGCUAUUGGAUUCUCGUCGACAUUCAACCGCGAAUCGGCCAGAUGAUCGGCCUCUCAGUGGCGUUCUACUCGGUCUCGCUCACAUUCUUCGUCUUCUAUUACCUCGACAUUGGCGAUUCGAGCGAGCUGAUGCGAAUUCUGACGACGUUCCAUCCGCAGAAUCACUACGACGACGAGACCAUCUGGGGCAAAAUCACCGUGUCGGGCAACACGUCGAUUUUUCGAAUCGCCAGCCUCGCGGCGAUCGUCUACAUGACGCUGCCGUGUGUGCCGAUCUACGCGCUGAUUUUGACCUACCGCAAGAAGACGCUCAAAAUUCUCGCGAGCUCGGCGCUGAACAUGUCGGAGACGACGCGCAAAGGCCACGCGAAGCUCAUCAAGGCGUUGACGAUUCAGGCGGCGAUUCCGCUCUUCUGGCUCGUCGCUUCCGGCAUCUUCACCAUGUCCGAGUUCGGCAUCGUCUCGGGACCGAUUCCCGAGGUUAUCACCUUUCGUCUCAUGGAGUGCAUUCCGAUGACGAGCCCGAUGGUCGCGUUGAUCUUCAUCAGCCCAUAUAGAAUCGGCCUGCUCAAAAUGAUCGCGAAAACCGGUUUGAUCAAGUACGGCGACGGGAACAAAGUCGGCAACGUCGGCGGCGAGUCGAAGAGCAACGCGAAACCGUCGGCCGUCGACACCGCCGCCGAUUUGGCAUAA